AUGUCCUUCUCUAACCCCAGAAGAACCCCGGUGACUCGUUCCGGCUCUGAUGCCAAAGAUGGUCUGAGCCUUAAGACGAACCUCACCCUCAGGAAGGGAGCUACCUUUCAUUCUCCCACUUCUCCGUCCAGUCCACCUGCCUUCAAGGUUCCGUCGCUACCUCGUCGGUCCCAGACAAACCUGGAUGAUGUUAUUGAUGCCAAUCGGCGUCGUGUUGCCUUAGCCAUUGGCACCGUCGAUAACAUCCUGACCGGCACCAAGUCCGAGACCUCGUCCCGUCGGUCUUUCCGUGACAACAGCUUGCCUGUCCCACAGGGCUUCCUGGACCACAUGGUUGUCGACGAUAAACUGGCCGAGGAACCAUCAACCAUGGAUAUGGACACCGAGAGGCGCGUCCUGCGCCCUCGUCCUCGUCGUUCAUCGAGGCACCACGAAUCAGACAGUGGAUUGGGGUCCUCGAUUGGUUCGACACACAGGUCGGCGAAGCAGUCCAAGUCGUCAGGCCACGCUGCUGCCAUCACUCGAUCUGCCAGCACCAUCAAGACAGAGGACCUUUUGCCUCUCAGUGACCGGGCUUUCAGCCGCAUUAAUGAACACACGCUGAAGCCGUUGUUGGCCAAACCGUCGCUGAAAGAAUUCCGGCCCAUCAUCCUGGACUGCCCCAGGAGAAUCAAGGAGAACCAGAUCAUUUGUCUCAGAGACCUGGAAAAGACGCUAAUCUUUAUGGCACCGGUGAGUCAACUUCUGAAAGAUUCUGGCGUUUGGGGAGUUACUUAUCGGGAGUUGUGCUUGAAGGAGAGGGCCAAAACCACCGAAUUGUACCUCGAUUUCUGCCUGACAUCGAUCCGCUGCAUCCAAGCCACCGUCGAAUACCUGAGCGACCGGGAACAAACUCGACCUCACGAUCGGCCAUACAACAACGGCUAUUUCAUUGACCUCAUCGAACAGAUUCACCAACACGCUCAACAAAUGCAAACCUCCCGCGAGAGGCAGCAAGCUGGUGAAGAGCUCGACGAUAUGGACGUCGAUCCCACCGAUGAGGUGAAGCUGAUGGGUGGCCUUGCUUCUACCGGCCGACCUGCUGAGCUGGUCCGUGUCAAGAAGAACGGCACCGCCAUCUCCAUUGCCACUGGCCAGCCGGUCGAGGAUUUCGACGAGGAUUCCAAGGCUCCCAUCCGGUUCAAGCGCUCUAUGAGUGAACAGCUUGAGGAUGAAGAAGAGAUCAUGCGAUCCAUGGCACGCCGGAAGAAGAACGCUUCACCUGCUGAGCUUGCUCCUAAGAAAUGCAAGGAACCCGGCUGCAACAAGGAGUUCAAGCGUCCCUGCGAUCUGACGAAGCACGAGAAGACUCACUCUAGGCCUUGGAAGUGCCCCCUGCCUACCUGCAAAUACCACGAGUAUGGUUGGCCAACUGAGAAGGAGAUGGAUCGUCACGUCAACGACAAGCACACCACUACCCCGGCCAUGUAUGAGUGUCUGUUCAAGCCUUGCCCAUACAAGUCCAAGCGCGAGUCAAACUGCAAGCAGCACAUGGAGAAGGCUCACGGCUGGACCUAUGUGCGCACCAAGACAAACGGCAAAGGCGGCAAGGCCAAGAGCCAGGCCGGAAGCUCGACCAACCCUACACCAAUGAUCCCCAGCAUGCCGACACCAAGCAGCGACAACAGCCACUCGGUCAUGACACCUCCUGAGGAGUUGAUGAACUACUCGGACAACUUGAACAUGUUCCCCACCUACCCGACCACUGCCGAGUUCAACGAGUCUCUGUUCGACAAUAUCCCCUUCGAUGAUGACAUCCAGUUGGACUUCUCUCCAAUCGACAAUGCCACACCCUCCACCGAUGCUGGACAGUACAGCACUUACAGUGAAAUGAGUCCCGACAUUGGUAACCAGUUCGAUGACAUCUAUGGCGCCCAUGCACGGUUGCCCACGCCUACCCACUCGGUCUACAACAAGAGUGUGCCGGAGGUUUUUACCAACUUCAGCGCUGACAUGUGUCCUGCACCUAUGGCCCAGUCAGCUCCACACAUCUCCCCCGGCGGUCAUGGCAACACAAUGUUGUACACACCGGCUUCGAUGGUGGAUGAGGGAUUUGACGAGUUUGCUCACAACGACCAGCUCGGAAAUGACUUCCUCUUGUUUCCUCCGACAAGCAAAGCGGCCGAGUUCGACAACAGCCUGUUCCUCAGCCCACCCAGUGCGGCUGGCGGCUUCACUCAGCCGUCGUCACAGGAUUUCAACAUCGACUACAGCCAGGUUAUGGACUGGACUGGAGCCGAGUUCAACAACUACAGCCACCAACAGUGA